AUGUUGCCCUUACAUUCAUCAUCGCCGAAAGGGAAGAUGCAUCGCCAUGCAUACUCAAACGGGGCAUAUCCCUCUCAAGGAAGCACCUUUUCAAUCCAACCUCACAAGUUCCAGCCUCGGUCACAACCUGCGCUUCGGCGGCGGAGGCAAUUGAUCCAGCGACUGCUGCUUGUAGGCUCCAUCUUCCUCACAGCAUUCUACUUCAUCUUCCCCAACCUGCGCCCGAACCUGGGCUCUAGCCCCCUCAGCUAUCUCACUUCGAGUGAGGACUCGCAACUCGAGACCGUGCGCUACUACGACCUGAACAAUGUGCAAGGCACUGCACGGGGGUGGGAAAGGGAAGAGAGGAUAUUGAUCUGUGCUCCCCUUCGAGAUGCCUCGCCCCAUCUCCCCAUGUUCUUCAGCCACCUGCAGAACCUGACGUACCCACACAAUCUUAUCGAUCUGGCUUUUCUCGUUGGAGACUCCAAGGACAACACUAUUGCUCUGUUGACAGAGAAGCUGGAGGAGCUGCAAGCCAACCCAGACCCCAAGAAGACAUUCGGCGAGAUCUCGGUCAUGGAGAAAGAUUUCGGACAGAAGGUCAAUCAGGACGUCGAGUCGCGUCACGGAUUUGCAGCGCAAGCUAGUCGUCGUAAGUCGAUGGCCCAGGCGCGGAACUGGCUUCUCAGUGCCGCUCUGCGACCCACUCACAGCUGGGUUUACUGGAGAGACGUCGAUGUCGAGACAGCACCGUUCACGAUCCUCGAGGAUCUCAUGCGACACAACAAGGACGUGAUUGUGCCAAACGUCUGGCGCCCACUACCUGACUGGCUCGGUGGGGAACAGCCCUACGAUUUGAACUCGUGGCAAGAAUCCGAAACCGCCCUCGCGCUCGCCGACACACUUGACGAGGAUGCUGUCAUCGUCGAAGGAUACGCAGAGUAUGCAACCUGGAGACCGCAUCUGGCCUACCUCCGCGACCCUUAUGGCGACCCAGAUAUGGAGAUGGAGAUUGAUGGAGUCGGUGGAGUCAGUAUUCUGGCUAAAGCAAAGGUCUUCCGCUCCGGUGUUCAUUUCCCCGCUUUCAGCUUCGAGAAGCACGCUGAGACCGAGGGCUUUGGCAAGAUGGCCAAGCGCAUGAAGUUCUCUGUCGUCGGUUUGCCCCACUACACAAUCUGGCAUCUUUACGAGCCGAGUGUCGACGACAUUCGACACAUGGAAGAAAUGGAGAGAGAACGCAAGAAGAAGGAAGAAGAAGAGAAGGCCAAGAAAGAGAAAGAGGAGAAGAUGCACGCAACAUUUGACACCAAAUCGUCAGAGUGGGAGAAGGAGAAGUCAGAGGUUCAAGACCUCGUCCAGAAGGCCAAGAACGAAGAAAAGGCCCGGCAGGAGAAGGAACAGGCCGAGAAAGAAGGCACCAAGGCCGAAAAGAAAGAGGAGAAGAAGCAGGAGGAGAAGAAAGGGGGGUCAUAA